AUGCCCCCGUUAACACUCCCACGACGCCUAUUAUUCACAGUGGCGCCACUGCAUCUGGGUGUGAUAAAAUCACAGAAACAACUAUAUAGAAUCCCACAUACACACCCUGUGUUAAUACGAUGGCCGAGGAGGGUAUUCUCGUCGACUUGCAUCUCUAGGCUACAGCGGAGUAGGAAUAGCACUCCUUCCUCUGCACCAGCUCCAGCUACAGUAGUAGCUGUUCAAGAAGACGCACCAGAACAGACAUUCCAGAAAAAGAAAUCCGCACGAUCACAAUCCAGCAAGAUCUCACUGCGAAGAGUUGCCGCCGCCUCGGAAGCAGCAAAAAGCACAGCGGGCUACUAUGGUGGCGAACAGCGGAGGAAAACCAAAUUAUGCACAGCCUAUUGUACCGCCGAGAAAUACGACCUCUCCCUCGCAGCGCUCAUCCUUCUACGGAAGGGAUACACAAUCGACCCCAACUCCACCGGCCUCGUAGACCAAGUGCUCCACCUCCGGCUCCCUACCACCGACACCGGAGCUACAAACACGGCCACAGCCAACAACGACGGCGAGCUUGGCGAUAUCUUCAUCUUCCCCUCCGGAAACAUCGUCUCAUGGUCUGUCCCCUCUCCGCGCGUCUCCUCACUAGCAAACACCCUCCUUCCCGCCGCCGAAAAGGCACAAACCAACGAAGUCGAGACCGAAGACCUCGAAUACAUUGAAGACCCUCGCCUCCGCCGUUCCCGUCACCCCGAGCACUGGGACCACCACCAGCAGCAGCAGGCCCUCGGCGCCCCCGACGAGCUCAACAUCACGCUCGCCAAGAUCGCCUUCUCAUCCGGCCUGGCCCGUAGCACAAAGCUAGCCGUGCUCGAGAGCCUGCUGAAUGAGUACCUUGCCGGCACGAGCACAAUCCCCACGCUACUGAGCCGCGGCAGCAGACUACCGUUCACGCGCAGCUUUAUCUUGCGCAAGACGGGCGAGCUGCUGGAGUUCCGCGCGCAGCUGAAUCUGUAUUCUGAGUUGACGGACUCACUGCCUGAUAUAUUCUGGGACUCGCGGCACGAGUUGGGGCUCGAGGGGUAUUAUGAGAGUGUGGGGAGGGCGCUGGAUGUCAAUGUGCGCAUAAGACAGCUGAAUGAGAAGCUGGACUAUGCGUCGGGGAUUGUGGAGGUGCUGCGCGAGAGGCUGAGUGAGAAGCAUUCGCUGGGGUUGGAGUGGAUGAUUAUUUUAUUGAUUACUGUGGAGGUUGGAUUUGAGGUGCUAAGGUUGUGGAAGGAGGGGAGUGUGGAGGAGAGGGAGGAGAGGGAGUAUAGGAGGUGGAAGGAGAGGAAGGAGAGGGAGGAGGAUGAGGAAUAUCGUAAGUGGAAGAUGAUGAUGGCCCAAAUCAAGGAAAAGUGA